UGAUUUUGUUCUUGACCGACGACUAUAUGGACGUGAUGAUGAUGAUGAAGCUUAUGAAAGAAAAAAACAAGAAAGACGAUUACGUGAAAAAGAAAUUCGUUAUAGAGAUAGAUUAAAAGCAUGGGAACAGCGUGAACGAAAAAAACAGAAUGAUUAUGAAUUAGAAAAACGUCGGGAAUUAAGUCGAUUACAUGAUGAAGAAAAAGAAGGCAAACGUUUAUUAGCAUUUCUUGAAGAUUAUAAUGAUGAAAAUGAUGAUCCAAAAUAUUACAAAGGUACAUCAUUAGCUCGUCGUUUAAAAGAUCGUGAACAUGAAAUUGAAAUAGAUAAUCGUGAUCGACGUCAUGAAAAAGAUGAAAUUGAAGAAUUACGUCAAAAAUUAUUACUUCAAGAUAAUAUUGAUGAUAUUGAAUUAGAAAUAAAACGACGUUUAGAAAAAGAAGAAGAAUUAAUACGUAAGCGUUUAGCUGAUCUCACACGAGCAAGUGAUGAAUCUGCUGAUGAAUCAGAUAACGAUGAACAACAAGCUGUCAGUCGAAAAGAUACUGCUGUUCUACCUUCCGAAUCAGCUAAUAAUACUAGUACGGAAAGUAUGGAUCAUUCACUACGACAACCAGCAUCUCCACAAAUUGAAGUUAAAGUUAGUCCACGUCAAACAUCUGCACUUGGUGGUGCACCAAUUACAGGUACAAAACUUCCUUUAAAACGAAAAUUAGCCGUAAAUGAAGCUUUUCGUGAUGAUCAAGAAGAUGAUAAUACAAAUGCUCUUCAAAAAAAAUCAAAAUUAACUGCAAUACCUGAUCAACCAGCUAUUCCAAUUUCUCAAACUUCUCCACAUAUUAAAGAAGAACAAACUAAUCGACCAUCAUCAGGAAAAACUACAGCUGUUACACCUACAACAAAUGUUAAUUCUGCUCAAGCACAAGAAGAAAAACGUCAAGCUGUACGAAAAUUAAUUGAAAAUAUUCCAACAAAAAAAGAAGAUUUAUUCACUUUUCCACUCGAUUGGUCACUUCUUGAUUUCAAUCUAAUGGAAAAACGUAUUAAACCAUGGGUAACAAAAAAAAUUGUUGAAUAUAUUGGUGAAGAAGAAGCAACAUUAACAGAUUUUAUUUGUACAUCAAUAAUGUCAAAAAAAAGUGCAGAAACAAUCUUAUCUGAUAUACGUGUUGUACUUGAUGAUGAAGCUGAAGUAUUUGUUGUUAAAAUGUGGCGAUUAAUUGUCUAUGAAAUUGAAGCUAAACGCUUUGGUCUAAGCAAAUGA